CGCGGAGAUAAAUUUCCGGAUAUUAUGUGGUACUCGUUUAUCCGGACACCACGUCAUUUUCAGCAUGAGGUGGACCGCGUUUUUGCUGCUGCUGGCGGCAUAUUUGGUGCUGGUUCUAGGAACUCCUCCCGUGAAGGACGAUGACCCACUCUUAGCCGAGAUUCGAAUCCUUCGCAACGACGCCUUGAAGCUCAAAGACAAAGGCUCGUACGGAGAAUCCGCCACCAAACUGGACAAGGCCAUCCGAGCCCUCCAAGACCUGCACGAGAGCCGCACCGACGCCAAGAAGCGCGCGGCGGACGCAUCUCUUCUCGCCCAAACUCUGAGCGAACUGGGCAAUGUGCUCUACGCGGACAAGCAGUAUGUCCCCGCGCAACGCGUGCUGGUGCAGGCUGUGGACCUGUCCAAGCGCAUCUUCGGCCCGUCGCAUCCCGCGUACUCUCUGGCACUGCGCAACCUCGGUGAAGUCUACUUGGCCUUGGAUCAGCACGAAAAAGCCAUCGAAAGCUACAAGCUGCUCAAGUCGCACGCCGAGAAAGGACUUGGAAAGACCCAUGAAACCGUGAUCGAAUCCGCGCGGCGCAUCGGGGAAUCAUACGAAACCCUGGGCAAGUUCAAGAAAGCGAUCAAAGUGUACAAGAACCUCUUGGCCGAGCUAGGGCUGGGCGAAACCAUUCCAAGGAAGCGCGCGGCGGCCGCGCAUGAGGCGGGGGUGGCCGAGGUGUACCAGGGCCUCGCGAGUGGACUCAUGAAAGCCAACCAACUGGACCAAGCGCUCACAUAUGCCACCGUCGCCACCAAGAUUUUCAAGAGGCGCGACGGAGCCAACUCCAUCACGUAUGCGUUCAGCCUGAACCUGCUGGCGGGGGUAAACACGUACCUUGGCCAGGACGACGCGGCGCUGAGCUUGCUCCAAGACGCCCAAAAGAUCGCCGUUUUGGUGCAUGGGGAGAGUCACCCGCUCGUGAGCCAAGGCGCGCAUAACAUUGAGAAACUCCAAGCUCGCAUGGCCAAGAAGAAGACAGUGGAGACGAAGGACGAGUUGUAAUACAACGACGACGCUGGGUGGUAUUAUAUGAGUGAGGCAAACUGGUAUUUGAGCCAGUUUGCCAAAUACUGUAGCUUUCGAAUCUAUUUGUUCCAAUGUAACUGUUCACGUUAUUGUU